CCCAAUGUCCCUCACAUCAUGUUUGCAGCGCGGGCACCUCCCCACAACAUGCCCCACGUACUAAUGUCUCUCACCACUUUGCCUGACCUUUGCCCAAUUCGUCCAAUAUGGAGUCAUGAAAUCCAGCACCAGUUGUUUGGGGAAGCGGCCAUCGAGUUGGGUUGCAACCUGCAUGUUCAAUUUCGGACAAACAAAAGUCCCAAAGCACAUCACAAAUACCUAGGGUUAGAAAGACAGGUUGCCUUCGCGGGACAUGAGCCAUACUCAAGUUGACCGGCAAGCAAUUGCCAUUCAAGAUGCCAAGCAUCAGAGUGAAUGUCACAAGUCGCUGGCAGGAAAAGUCGCUGUGAUUAGUGGUUCCAGCUCAGGCAUCGGCAAGGCUAUCGCGGUUGAGCUCGCUUCGAGAGGCGCUUUGGUAGUGCUCAAUUAUCCCACAGUCUCACUGAAACCGGAAGCAGAGCAAGUAUGUCGCGAGUUACAGGGCACUUCGAUUGCCGUCUGCGCGGACAUGGGCAGCACAAGUGGUCCUGGCGAAUUGGUCCGGAGUGCCGUUGAAGCGUUUGGUAAGGUGGAUAUCGUGGUCAACAACGCGGCAGUCGCCAUCAACAAGCCGUUCGAAGAACAGACGCUCAAAGAUUGGGAUACUCUCGUAUCCAUCAAUGCGAGGGGCACGUUUUUACUCACUCAAGAAGCCCUGCCAUUCCUGUCAAAACCUGGUGGCCGCAUCAUCAACAUCUGCAGUGCCUCGUCUCGAGCUGCACCGCCCCUACAAACGAUAUAUGCAGGAACCAAGGGCAUGGUGGACAGUUUCACUCGGUGUUGGGCCAAAGAGUUGCCACCCAAGUACGGAUGUACCGUCAAUGCCGUCAGUCCGGGCCCAACCAUGACGGAGGGUUUCCUCGCUGCGGGACCUGAUGCCAUGAAAGUCUUGCAACCAACGAUUGAUUCUAUUCCUGUUGCCGCCAGGAUGGCAGAGCCGUCGGAAAUUGCUUAUGCUGUCGGAUUCUUGUGCGACGACCGUUCUCGUUGGAUCAAUGGAGUUCACCUGCAUGCGAACGGAGGACUCUUCGUGGAUUAAAUUUCUGUCCCUGCUGCCGGACGUCACAUCUCACGUAUAAGGGCAUCCAAGGUCUGCAAGAUAAUAAGCCUGGACUUUUCUUCUUUGAAGCUUCACAUAGCGUUAUGAGCGAAGUAUGAGUUCACAUGGAAACGUUGUAUUAUACAGCAUGCGCAUAAAUGCAUAUCAAGACCACGUCCGGUAGCAGAACGAGAUUGAAGAUGA